CAGCUAUCCAACUAUUUACAAUACUGUUAAAGGAUUAUGUAGUUUUAAUUUUACUCUUUCAACUUCUUUCUUGUAUUCUCUACGUAAAUACAUGACUGCUUUAUUUUAGUUCCAGUAUUGCCAACCCCUACAAUAUUAUUUUGGUUGUGACUUCUGGUGCUUUUCUUUAUAUCCCAAAUGUUAGAAUCAUGCAUGAUUUAUCUUCUUAAACAAUGUUCUUGACCUCAGUGUUACAGAGGAAACUUGAAAAGGUCAAGCAAAUCAUCAGCUUCAGGAAGCUCAAAGACAAAAAAAGAAGUAAAACUUACUAUUGCAUUAUUUUCUCAAAUAUGAUAGCUCUAAGGCACUUACGCUUUUUAAAGAACCAGAUUCUUCCUUGUGAAUAGAUUUUGAAAUAAUGUAAUUAUUUUACCAAAUCAAAAGCAUAAUUAAAUGCUUUUGGUAAGUCAUACAAUUAAUCCAGAACAGUGUCUCGCUUCAACAAAAAAAUGUCCUUUUUCUCCAUUUUUUGCAUGUAUCGCAGUUAUUUAAGUACCAUAUAGCAGCAAAAGCAGAUAACCAUGCCUUUUUCUUCUCCCUCUUAAAAGCUAUGGAAAAUAUUUUUCUUCAGUAAAAAGGUUUAUAUGUCAUGUCACACCUGUCUUUUUCAUAGGAAGAUUCAUGCUCUUUCUAUACAACUUAGCAAAAACAUGUUGGAAACUUACUGUGAAUCCUGAACUACAACUUUAAAACAACACUGAGAAGCACACUAUACCAACAGCACUGUACAGCACAACUACUUUGCAGGAAGGAAACAGGAAAUAUGGAUUGUGGAGGGAAAAAAAGUAUAAAAUGGAAAAUGUUCAUAAGAGCUUUUUUAUAGCACAACGCUUUCUCUCAAUCUUGAUAAGGUUAAUUUUUUACUGUUUCUUAACUUCAUCCUCCAGAGGACAAAUCCUUUGCAUAACUGAAUCACUGUAGUUUAAACUGCACUAUGAACUAACGACCUCUGUAAGUCUUACUCUCUCAGUUUUUUUUUAAUGGGAACUUAAAACACCGAAAGAAUCUUGCAAAUAAUUUUGAAGUGAUUUUAACAAAAGGAGAAACCACUUCAUAGACUUAUGGCACAGCAUCUACAGUAACUGAUGAUGUGGCACAAAAUUUUUUUUUUUUUUUUUUUACUGGCAAAUCAGAAGAGGGGCUAAGGCUAUUAUUUUGCUUUGCCUUCCCACAAGGCUCCUCACCACAAAAUAUGGCUUAGAGAGAUCUUUUGUUCCUCCAGCUGUGUUAGACUAUUUCUCAGAUGAUUUCACCAGCACAAUAACUUGCUGCCCUCUACAACUUGAGCUUCACAGACUUCCAAAGAGAUACAACAUACAAAUUUAAAUAUGGGGAUUAUGAGCCAGCUAUCAAUCAUUCACCUCCUCUGGGCUGCUAUGGUCUUUUGCCAAUAUGACGACUAUGAUUUUGAGGAUGAGUAUGAUGAGGAGCCAGAUCAUCAGCAUCCGUAUUAUUUUAAUCCAAACACACAAGCUGAAGUUCCUCGCUUUCCUUUUCCAGUUGAGUGUGCCAGAGAAUGCUUUUGUCCACCAGCUUUUCUGCUAUCAAUGUACUGUGAUCAUCGUAAACUUAAGACAAUACCAAAUAUCCCUCGUCACGUCCAACAACUUUAUCUGCAAAACAAUGAUAUUGAAGCUGUGCCUGCAGGACCAUUCACUAAUGUUACCUUCUUAAGAGAAAUUAACCUCAGCCACAACAAAAUUAAAUUUCAUAUGAUUGACCAUGGUGUUUUUGCCAAACUUUCAAACUUAGUGCAACUUCAUUUACAACAUAACGAAUUAGAAGAAUUUCCAUUCCCACUCCCCAGCUCUCUAGAGAGACUCCUCCUUGGUUUCAAUAAGAUUUCUCGGUUAUCUGGAAAUGCGUUGGAAGGAUUACCCAACAUAACCAUGCUUGACCUUUGCAAUAACUUUCUUGACGACUCAGUACUCAAAGGAAAACCCUUUUCAAACAUGAAAAAUUUAAUGCAGCUCAACUUAUGCAACAACAAAUUACAGACUAUGCCUCCUGAUCUACCAUCAUCACUUAUGUAUCUCUCUCUUGAAAAUAACUCCAUUUCUUAUAUUCCAGAAAACUAUUUCAAGAGACUUCCAAAAAUCAUUGCUCUAAGAAUGUCCCACAAUAACCUGCAGAACAUUCCACGCAACACCUUUAAUCUACCCAACCUUCUAGAACUUAAUCUUGGACAUAACAAAUUGAAACAAGUAUUCUAUAUUCCAAGAAGUUUGCAGCAUUUGUAUAUUGAAGACAAUGACAUUGAAAUCAUAAAUGUUACUUUGAUGUGUCCAUCUAUUGAUCCAAUGAACACCAACCAAUUAACCUAUAUACGGGUGGACCAAAAUAAGCUUACAAUUCCAAUAAGCACAUAUGCAUUCUUUUGUUUCCCUCACAUUCGAACCAUUUAUUAUGGCGAACAAAAUGUUAAUGUCAACAAGUCAACUCAGCUAAGAAUACCAGUAUUUCGACGAUUUUUAUCACCAGAAGAAUACGACGAAGCAGAAGAUGAUCAUGAAACACAUGAUCAUGAAACUGAAGAAGAUCGUGAAGCAGACCACUACUUUCAUCCUUACUUUCAGUGAAGUAAUCAUUGUUAAUGAGUAUACAUGGGAACUUUUCCUUAGUUGCAGGGUAUUCAUAUCCAUUUUAGAACAGCUGGAUAGUUUGGGAUAUUUAAGAUAUAUCUAUAAAGUGGAGAUAGGAUUUUAGUGUAGGAAAAUGUCCCAUUAUUGAUGUAGUAAAAACCAUAAUACUAGGAGCAAAGAGCACUCACCUCAGCACUAGAAAGCAGUCUGAUAUAUAACCUGGAUUGAUGAUAGACUCAUCCUUGGGUGGGCAGCCUAAGCUGAAGAAAAUUGACCUGAAAAAGCUUCUAUGUUCUAAAGUGAUUCAACUUGCAAAAUUACUAUAAUACAAAUCAAUGACAUGCUCAAUAGGAACAAGUGGAUAAGACCAAAAAAAAAAAUCCAUCCAGCUAUAUUUCCUACUGACAGCAGUAAAAAAUAGACACACUAGAGAAAAGAACAGAAGGGUAAAAUCACAAAAUUACUUCCACAAGGCUCCUCCACAUUCUCCAGAAAUACAGAUGUUUCUUCUUCCAAUUUCUAAUUGGACAUGAAAAACACAAACUUUCAGUUUCAAAUCUUCCUCAUAUUAUGUUUGCAGUGUCCUGCCAAGGUGUAUUAUAAUAUUUACUUCUCAGCUUGCACCUCAACUAUCACAACUCUCUCAAAGAAGACUUUAGCUGAUGAGCAAUAUAGGCAAUAAAUGAACUUUUACCAAAGGCCUCAUGAUCUAGGGAAAAGGAUGUGCAUUAAUACAACAGAAGCAUAGUACUAACAUUUUACCUAUGUUUUAGUCCGUGUUAUUUUAGAAGGCACCCAAAAAUGUAAUGUAAUCUUUUUAUUAGACUUGUUCAUCAAGUAGAACAGGUAGAAAUAGUAGCAUCCCAGGUUUUUUAAAUUAUUAGUUUAGACUAUCCCUCUGCAUAACUAAUACCAAUUAGCUAUAUGCUGCUUCAAAGUAGAAAACAAAUGCUUUACGCAAUAUACUAUUUGAGCUAUGCAAAGUUUUUUAUUGUGUCUUCUAUGCCUAGAAACAGAUCCAAAUAACUACAGGGUAAGAUAAUGUUAUAGGGCACUUUACUGCUUUUGUUUUAUUUAAAUUCUUUAUUUUUCAUCGUUUUUUCCCCGAUAAAAUCUUUAUUAGCAGUGAUGAAGAAUCAUCAUUUUCAAUAAGAAAAACAAAUGAAUGCAAGAAAUAGAGCCAUACAUCAUGCUACCAUUUUUACAUUAUACUUUAAGUGUAGGAAAACUAAAAAGGCUAUAUAAAAUUAUGUGAGCAACUUUGUAUUAGAAUUUCUAAAAAGUUUCAGACAGGUUUAGUUUUCUGUCUUAUAAUUUCACUUAUUUUUUUGAAGCCCAUCUUAGCAUAUUUUGGUUUCUGAUGCAACAACUAAAAUAUUAACAAAAUGAAAAUACUUAAUGAUACUUUUUGUUAAUUGAAAGAAAUUCCUCAUAAGCCCAUGAAUAUAACCUUUAAGAACAGAUAUAGUCUUUAAGAACAACUGGUUAUAAAAAUUUGUGGAAACAAAAUUUAUGAUAUCAUUAUUAAGCUGUGGGUCUUAGGUCAACUAACUAAAAAAAUCUAUUUUUUUCUCUCCUUCCCCUUUUUCUUAUCUACUUUCUGAACAGAUAUAAUAUUCAUGGCAAAGUAUUUUAUGGUCUCCCCACAAAUGUACAGCUCUGCAGAAUUUAUCUUCCUCUAUUUUUAAAAAAAAAAAGUUUAUUGACAUUUACGAACCUCAAGUACCUCUGGCUUCAUGAAGGAGGAAUAUAUGUAUCUAUUCAUUACUUUAUUUAAAUACUCUUUAUCAAAUUAUAUACACAUAAAUUUAAAUAUCUAUAACUUUAUGGGUUUAUUAAUAAAAACUUGCAGCAUAUUAACCUUAGGGAACCUUUAUAACUUUUCAUCUACUUCAGAUUUUAAGUGUAAGUGAAUAGUGCACAAAAUGCAAAACUAAAUACGGGCUUUUUUAAAAGGCUUUCUCAGUUUAAAGAGGAACACUAUUCCAAUACAGUAUGAGUAUUAUAUCUUUUAUCACAAACUUUCUGUUUUUUAAAAACAUAUAUGAAGCAAAGCUUAGCUUUAAAGUAAAAUUAAAGACUGACUUUGUAGCAACUAGUUAUAUACAUUUCUUAAAGUUUAUCAGUUUGCCUUUAAUUAUUGAAAACUUUAGAGCUGUCUUAUUACAUUAAACUCAUUCAGAUGGAACAUGCGAAUUGUAUUACAACUAGAAGCAUCAUAACUCACUUUUCAUUCAGUUAACAUUAUUGUAUCUCAUUUGUGGCAAAUACAAUGCUAUUCUUUUAAAAAGAUUUUACGGUGGUCAGGGAACUAAAGACUUGCUAGCCUUAUGUCUGUAUUAGAGAAAUGAGAAGUUAUAAUAAAGCACAGAAUUAAUGGA